UCAGUGAGAGAAAAAGACAGAAAUAAAAGUAACAGACACGGGGCACGGGUAACGUUUUAACCUAACCUGAAGAUAAGAACUGAAAGUACCGCAUUAAAUAUUGAGUAGUUGUAUAUUUAUUAAAUUAAAUAAAUAACAAAAUGCCGCUGUCGUGUCGAUUUUAUAAACAAAAGUAUCCGGAGGUGGAAGAUGUGGUGAUGGUGAAUGUGAGGAGCAUCGCCGAGAUGGGUGCUUAUGUCCACUUGUUGGAGUAUAAUAAUAUUGAAGGCAUGAUCCUGUUGUCUGAGUUAUCCAGGAGACGUAUUAGAUCUAUCAAUAAACUUAUCAGAGUGGGAAAAACUGAACCGGUUGUUGUUAUUCGUGUCGACAAGGAAAAAGGUUACAUUGACUUGAGUAAGCGACGAGUAUCAACUGAAGAUGUUGAAAAAUGUACUGAGCGUUACGCAAAAGCUAAGGCCGUCAACUCGAUCCUGAGACAUGUUGCUGAAUUAUUGCACUACGAGAACGAUGAGCAGCUAGAAGAACUCUACCAGAAGACUGCUUGGUAUUUUGAGGAAAAGUACAAGAAGCAAAAAGCUUCGGCUUAUGAUUUUUUUAAGCAAGCUGUAUUAGAUCCAUCAAUUUUAGCAGAAUGUGGAUUGGAUGAAAACACAAAAACUGUGUUACUGAACAAUAUUAAACGUAAAUUAACAUCACAAGCUGUUAAAAUUCGCGCUGACGUCGAGGUCGCGUGCUACGGAUACGAAGGUAUCGACGCUGUAAAAGCUGCACUGAAAGCUGGACUCGCGUUAUCCACUGAAGAACUUCCUAUUAAAAUAAAUUUGAUCGCUCCACCCUUGUACGUAAUGACAACAUCAACGCCUGAAAAAUCUGACGGUUUAAAGGCGCUCAAUGACGCGAUUGAAGUUAUUAAAGAGAAAAUAAUAUCCAUGGGAGGUGUAUUCAAUGUCCAGAUGGCGCCUAAGGUCGUAACAGCAACGGAUGAGGCGGAAUUGAUGCGACAAAUGGAACGAGCUGAAAUGGAGAACGCCGAAAUUGCCGGAGAUGACGACGAGGAAGACGUCGAAGGCAUGGGAGACUUCAGUGGUGGCGAAGACGAAGGUGAAGAUAACAAAGAUCAAGAAGAUUCUCAAGACGAAGAUUGAGAAUUGUGCUAAAGCCAUUAAUUACAACUUCCGUUAUCCCUUUAAAAUACCUAAUUCUAUACCACUAAUUAAUUAUUAAUUACCAAUUGAUAAUUGCGAAUAAUUUUGUAAGGAGUUUUAUUAAUAAAUCGUAAUCAAUUUA